AUGUCGACAGUCCUCCGACCGGUGCUGCGCCCAUCACACCUUCCCUCUUUGCCCAUCUCCUCAUCCACUUCGUCAUCAUCCAUAUCUACGACCUACAUCUGUCAAUCAUGUCGCCAUGCACGCCUACUCCGAAGACCAAAGCGGCCAUACACCUUCACGCAGCUCAUCACGCUCUCGGACGGCAGCGCCUUCACCCUGCGCACCACAUCUCCUCAUCCCGUUUAUCGCUCCACGCGUGACACUCGCAACGCGCCUUUGUGGAAUCCCUCCUCAAAAGAGCUGACGAACGUGGAGGACGACGAAGCAGGACGACUGGCUGGCUUCAGAGCCAGAUACGGACGCACCUUUGACGCACAGAAAAACGCGGAAGACUUCGAGCAAGAGGCUCCCCCAGCCGCAGAAUCGUUAGGAGAGAUUGGCUCCGAAGGCCUCACAGGUGUCGCACAAGCAGAUCAGCAUACGCCGCAGCCAACGCAAGUGAAGAAGGCCGCGCCGAAAUUACAAAACGAGGAGAUUGAUGAUGGGUGGGAUUUUGGGGAUGAUGAUGCCAGUAUGCUGGAUCUGAUCAGCAGCUAUGGACAGGAAGAUAUCCGACAGAAGGACGCGCCCCCGCAGAAGGGCAAGGGCAAGAAGAAAUGA